AGAAGAGCAGGCAGUAGCAUGUCUAACCCACUCAGUCUCAUGGCCCAGCUCUGGCUUCUGACAGCUACUUACCUCAUGUGCCCAGGUGAGGUCUUGUCUCAGCACCAGGUACGUGUCCCUCAGGGGCCCCUGCACCGCACUGAAGGCUCGUCAGUCCAUCUCUGGUGCAAUGUCAGUCAUUCCUCAGCCGGGGGAUUUGAGUGGUCUGUGUUCCCGGCACAUUCUCCUUCCCAGAAACUCCAGAUCAUCAGCUCCAUGGACCCCCGCUUCUCAUACGCCGUGUACAGGGAGCGCUUGGCUGUCCGUAAGGAGAUCUACCUGGAGAGGGUGGGCACAGGUACAGGAAGGCUCCACAUUACCAACCUAAAAGCAAGGGAUGCAGGGGAGUAUGAGUGUCACACCCCAAACACAGAGGAGAAUUACUAUGGCACUUACAGCGCCAGUGUCAGACUCACAGUGAUUCCAGACUUACUGAGGGUUCUGAGUGUGUCUCCAGAGUGGGUGAGUGUUGAGGAUCAUGAGCCACUGACACUGGGCUGUGAAGUCUCCUCUGGGACCCACUAUCACACCCACAUCUCUGUCACCUGGAUCCGCAGGAAUAAAGAGGCCUCCCACCCUGUCCUCACUCUCUCCAGGGACUUUAUUAUCUCUGCCGGACGAAGCUUCCAAUGGCGCCACCAGGCUGGAGAAAUUGGCUUGGAGAAAGUAUCAGCCACCUUGUACCACCUGAGAUUUACCAGGCUGCACUCUAUAGACCAGGCAGAAUAUUACUGCCAAGCAAGUGAAUGGAUCCAGGACCCAGAUGAGACCUGGUACCCACUGACCACAAAAAGAAGCAGAGCCACUCGAGUCCAGUUCAGCUCUCAAGAAAUGAUGUCAGCAGUGCGGAGCUCCUCCUUCGUAUGGGCUGAGUCUCAGACUUUACCCAUAAUCCUUUGUCUCCUCCUCCUUCAGUCUUGGCCUUCAUGAUGAACCUCAGGUCCCUGUAGAGCAAACUGCAGGAGAGGAUGAGAGUCAGAUGGAUAAUCCCCACUGAGAAUGCUGGGUAACUGGCUGAGGUCUCUGUCACAUGGUCUCAAUGUCAGCCUCACUCCAGGGAUUGCACCAGCCCAUAAUCUGUAUAUACUGUUUAUCCAGCUCACUUCCAAUGCCUCGGCCCCUUCCACUCACUCUGUUACUUCAUCUUUUUUAUAAACAAUAAAAGUGCUUGGACUUGUCGGUCUCA